AUGGAAGUAAAUCUAGAUACUGGUGACAAUGGCCCAAAAUUAUGGUUAAAUGAAUUGAUGGUAACAAAAUCGCAAGGGAAAAGGGAGAUUCAAAAACGAAACUAUGAAAAAGCUGCUACUUUUUUUGAGCGAAUUUUGGUUAAUUCGGACGAAAUUGAUUCGCGAAUAUUACUCAGCAAAUGUCAACAGCGCAUGUUUGACUUGCAUUCAGCAAAUGAAAACCAAUUGUACGCUAAAAACAAUUUUUCGAAUACUCUUGACAUUAUAGAAAACGAAGCCAACCUGUGUUUCAUUUUUGGAGAAUACGAAAAAAGUUUAAUGACAUAUUUUAAUGGAAUUAAAAAACGGAAACAACCUCCUGUUUUUACAUUUGGAGUUAUAAAAGCUUUUGAAAAAAUGAAUGAAUCGACAAAUAUAGGCAUUGAUAAAUACAAAAUUAGCUGUUUAGGCAAAGCAUCACUAGAACUAACUGAACAAUUUAUGCUAAAUGAUUUAAAUAGCUAUAAAGUAAAAAAAGACAUGCAAAACUUACAAAUUGCGAAAUAUUUGAACGACGUUCUCCAAUUAAUAAUUGAGCGCCAAUUUAAAGAGGCGAAACAAAAAGUUGAUUUAUUAAAUAGCUAUCUUGAGAAAAUUCAUUGUAACUCUGACUCCAGCCAGAGUGUUAUGUCUUUGAUAUAUAAGGCUUUCGGCGUAGCGUAUUACUUAAUGUAUAAAGACAUGCGGGGAUGGAGUGAAGAAGAAAACCACCAAAGAAUACUUACUAUGUUGGGUAGUACAAAUCAUUCUAAUUCCAUUACAUAUGAAGAAUCAUUUAUGGGACAUCAUGAUCCAAAACCUAAUGUUACAAAACAGCAACUAUUGAUACGUAUCAAAAAAUCAAAAUCCGACGUAGAACACUUGUAUUACUAUUUCGAGCUAGUGAGAUGUUAUAUGCGAAUGGGCACUAAUUACCUGAAAGAAUGUCGUAAUAUAGCCAAACAUUGUUAUGAAUUAGCAGAAUAUAUCAAUAGUUCCACGUGGACUAUUAACUCGCUAGUAUGGAUGGUGCUCGCUGAAUGCCGGUUAGGUCACAUAUACGAAUGUUAUAAAAAGUUAAACAUAGCUAUUGAUAUUUCUAAAAAACUCUACGAUCCUGGAGUGCCGCUAUUUUUAGAAAAGAUGAAGUCAGUUAUUUCCGAAUUAGAAGUCGAAAGACUUAAUCCAAAUGAAAAACGUCAAGCUGAAAUUGUAAGCUUUAUGCCAAACUUGGACAUGAAAAUGAAAGCUAUGUAUAUGUUUAGACAGUUAGCUACAAUGCCUUUAGACCGUCAGAUGUCUUUAGUACCUGGUGUCACUUUAACUGGAGCGUUUUUUUUCGAGUUAACAUGGUUAUUCUUGGUGUACAUUUAUAUGGUACAAGAACAAAUUUUAAGCGACAAAAAUCAAAAAGUAAAGUGGAUAGGAAACAAGUUGAAUGAAAUCGCAUCGAAUAUACCCGACGACCCGACUGCUUCAGCUCAGCCUAGUUCAUCUGAAGUCACUAACAAAAAAACAGAACAUGCAGAUGACGACACGACAGAGCCGGAAAAAAAUGCUUAA